GUCACUUUGUUGCGAGGCUUUGGAAAAACUGCGCAGGCGUCGUCCUGUCAAAACCUGGUCGCCUUAGCGAGUUAAGAUGAUCUCCAAAAGCAUCUCAGCUUCUGUCGGCUCUUCUCAUUCUCCUAGCCCUUAACGGGUUUGGGGACCAGCCCUUUCUAGCCCUGAAAAGUAUGACGCUACUGUAGAGUUUGGGCGGAAAACAUGAAGCUCCAGCAAAGACCUGGCCGGCACUUCCCACUCAAAAUUAAAAACAGGGAGAAAGUGGAUCGGCUUUCAAUAUAUGGCGUGACUGUCACUGAGACAGACCUGCAGAAGCUUCGCCCCAAUCAGGCAGGCCAUCUCCGUACUUAAUGGUUCACAGGCUCUUGAAUUUUCAACCUCUAGAACUCUGCCUACACCCCCUCUGCUGCAAAGACAUUUUCGGUUCCUAACGAAAGCAGUUUCUCAUCAGUCACCCAUUACCAAGAAAAAUUUGCUAAAUAAAGUAUAUCCCUGUAGAAACAUUCGUUUGGUUCUGGAAGUUCCAGGAGGAAGGGGCGAGUUGUCACUCCUUAAGGACCUGGAGGGGACUCCCAGAAACUUGACGGUGGUGAAGCGCUGGUGGUAAUUUCGAAAGAGACCUCUCUGCGUUUUUUAAAAGAUCACCCAGGAACUUGGACUGAGAGCUGAGAGCCUGUGUAGUGACUUAGAAGCCAUGGAAGUAUCCAGAAAAGAGGAAAUCAGUGUUGAAGAUGAAGCUGCGGAUAAAGACAUUUUCAAAGACUGUAGCAAGAUUGCUUUCUACAGGCGUCAGAAACAGCAGCUCUCCAAGAAGUCCACCUAUCAGGCAUUACUCGAUUCAGCCACAACAAGCAAAGACAGCACCAGUUUCCGAAUCAUCAGUGAAGCAACUAAGGUUCCUCUUUUGGCUGAAGUUUUUGGUAUAGAGGGAAAUAUUUUCAGGCUUAAAAUCAAUGAAGAAACUCCCCUGAAGCCCAGGUAUGAAGUUCCCGACGUCCUCACAAACAAGCCAAAUACUGUAAGGCUGAUUGCAUGCCCAGGGGAUGCAGGUAGUCUGGUACUGGCAAAUGGAAAAGGAGAUCUGAAGUGUCAUAUCACGGCAAACCCAUUCAAGGUAGACUUGGUGUCUAAAGAAGAGGUUGUGAUAAGCAUAAACUCCCUGGGCCAAUUGUACUUUGAACAUCUGCAGAUUCCUCUCAAGCAAAGAGUUACCAGAGAAAAGGAGGAUACAUCAAUUGACACCUCUCAGGAAAAUCAAGAGGAUCUGGGCCUGUGGGAGGAGAAGUUCGGAAAAUUUGUUGAUGUCAAAGUUAAUGGUCCUGCCUCCAUCGGUUUGGAUUUCUCCUUGCAUGGAUUUGAGCAUCUCUAUGGGAUCCCACAACAUGCAGAAUCCCAUCAACUUAAAAAUACUGGUGAUGGGGAUGCUUACCGUCUUUAUAACCUGGAUGUCUAUGGAUAUAAAAUACAUAACAAAAUGGGCAUUUAUGGUUCAGUGCCAUAUCUCUUGGCCCACAGGCUGGGCAGGACUUUUGGCAUUUUUUGGCUGAACUCCUCAGAGACACUGGUGGAGAUCAACACGGAGCCUGCAGUAAAGGACACAGUGACCCAGACAGGCUCAGUGGCUGCUAAACAAAAAGACAGAUCUCGAACUGAUGUACAUUGGAUGUCAGAGAGUGGAAUCAUUGAUGUUUUUCUGCUGACAGGGCCUACACCUUCUGACGUCUUCAAGCAGUACUCAUCCCUUACAGGCACACAAGCCAUGCCCCCGCUCUUCUCCUUGGGGUAUCAUCAGUGCCGCUGGAACUAUGAAGAUGAGCAGGAUGUAAAAGCAGUAGAUGCAGGAUUUGAUAAACAUGGCAUUCCUUAUGAUGUCAUGUGGCUGGACAUAGAGCACACUGAGGGCAAACGGUAUUUCACCUGGGACAAGAAAAGAUUUCCAAACCCCAAAAGGAUGCAAGAGCUGCUCCAAAACAAAAAACGUAAGCUCGUGGUCAUCAGUGACCCCCACAUCAAGACUGAUCCUGACUAUUCAGUGUAUGCUAAGGCCAAGGAACAGGGCUUCUUUGUGAAGGAUCAUCAAGGGGGAGACUUUGAAGGGGUAUGCUGGCCAGGUCUCUCCUCUUACCUGGAUUUCACCAAUCCCAAGGUCAGAGAGUGGUACUCAGGCCUCUUUGCUUUCUCUGUUUAUCAGGGAUCUACUGACAUCCUCUACAUAUGGAAUGACAUGAAUGAGCCCGCUGUCUUUAGAGGGCCAGAGAAAACCAUGCCGAAAAAUGCUAUUCAUCAUGGCAACUGGGAACACAGAGAACUUCAUAACAUCUAUGGUUUUUAUCAGCAAAAGGCUACUGCAGAAGGAUUGAUACAACGAUCUAAGGGAAAGGAGAGACCCUUUGUUCUUACACGCUCUUUUUUUGCUGGAUCACAAAAGUAUGGUGCUGUUUGGACAGGCGACAACAGAGCAGACUGGAGUUACCUGAAAAUUUCUAUCCCUAUGUUACUCACUCUCAACAUUACUGGGAUCUCUUUUUGUGGAGCUGAUGUAGGCGGCUUUGUCGGAGAUCCAGGCGCAGAGCUGCUAGUGCGCUGGUACCAGGCUGGAGCCUACCAGCCCUUCUUUCGCGGCCACGCCGCCAUAAACACCAAGCGACGAGAACCCUGGCUCUUUGGGGAGCAACACACCCAGCUCAUCAGGGAAGCCAUCAGAGAGCGUUACGCCCUCCUGCCCUAUUGGUAUUCUCUGUUCUACCGUGUGCAUGUGGCUUCUGAACCCGUCAUAAGGCCGCUAUGGGUAGAGUUCCCUGACGAAUUAGAAACUUUUGGUGUGGAAGAUGAAUACAUGCUGGGAAGCGCUUUAUUGGUUCAUCCAGUCACGGAGCCAAAAGCUACAAUGGUUGAUGUGUUUCUGCCAGGGUCAAAUGAGGUCUGGUAUGACUGUAAGACAUUCACUCCUUGGGAAGGAGUGUCUACUGUGAAGAUCCCAGUAACCUUGGAUACUAUACCAGUGUUUCAGCGAGGCGGGAGUGUAGUGCCAAUAAAGACAACUGUAGGAAAGUCCACAGGCUGGAUGGCUGAGUCUCCGUAUGGACUCCGGGUGGCUCUAAGCACAGAGGGUUCUGCUGUGGGUGAAUUGUAUCUCGACGACGGACAUUCAUUCCAGUACCUCCACCAGAAGCAAUUCUUACACAGGAAGUUUUGUUUCUGUUCAGGUGUUCUGAGCAACAGCUGUGCCGAUGAGAGGGGACAUUACCCCAGCAAGUGUGUGGUGGAGCAGAUCUUUGUCCUCGGCCUCAAGCAGCAGCCAUCUUCUGUGACCGCCUACUCAUCUGAUGGUAAAGAUCAGCCUGUGGAUUUUAUGUAUUGUGCCAAAACGUCCACCCUGCGCCUGGAGAAGCUCUCACUGAACAUUGGAACUGACUGGGAGGUCCGCAUUAAAUGACAAAGAAGUACCUCUGGUUACAAGUGCGAGGAGCAACCUGAACCCUUCAAAGUUCCCCUUGGCCUUUUUUCGAGUUAUGUUGCACCCUUGUUGACUUCUCUGGCUCAAAAUAAUCUUUCAUUAGUCAUCAGUUUGCUAGUGAACACCAGAUUUCAGAUUUUGCAUUUUUAGAUGUAUUAGUAAUACUCCUUGUGUCAAAUACCACCCCUUCUCCUAGUUGCAGGGAGCCCUGAGGCAUUUAGAGUCCGUGCAUCUUCCAUUGCUUCUUAGGCCAUGGCCCUGUGCCAAGCCCUGUGGCCUGGUGAGCGGCUGCCCUUUGAGCUCGGCAGGAUGGGUUUAUUUCAUGUGAGAUGCGGGCCGAGCUCCCUAGUGUGGCCCAUUUGUGGAAGCUUGACUCUGGCUGUGCAGCAGUCACUCUGGCUGUAGGAGCGGAGUCACUCGAGGCCUAUCUCCAAGUGGACAGCAGCCUCCGGUACCCCUCCCGGUUAGCUCUCACCCCUCAGACAUGGGCAAAGCAGCCCUUUUCUGCUUGCACUGCACACACUUCGACAAAAGGGAGUUAUUCUCCCUAGAGGUUGACUCAGGACUAUAAAGGGUUCCUUUCCCUGUCGUGCUUUUUUGGGCACCAAAGUUCCACAUUAAUCUUCUUAAAAUUCUAAUUUCUUAAUUGUUUUUAUUAAAUACUGUCUACCAAGCAAAGGAUAUUUGUAACAUGAACAAGUUAUAAUUAAUAAUAAAAUAAAUACCAUGUCCCCUCCACUGAACCUCAUAAAUAGAACACAUGGCUUUGACAAACUUGCCUUGGAUACAAAAAAAGUAUGACCCAAAAAUUGGUAACCAGAAUAAAUUAUAUUUAAAUGCAACAUUUUAGAAAAUCAAAACUCAUGUAAAAAAAUCCAUGAUAAACAAGAUAUCAAAACUUUAAAUACAGACAGGAUCAGGACUGCUGAGUCCUCCUUCUGCCUCUGGCUCCAGUAUAGCUUAACGAGGGAUGAAACAUGACCUCAUGCCUGUCCCUCAGGAUGCCGCCUGCUCUGGGGCCCCCAGGGACUUCCUGCGGCCUGCAACAGCAUCUGUGGGGGCAGCCGCAGGUCCUCAGCGCUCUUCCACAUGCACAUUUACUUAGCAGACUUUCUCCGCUUAGCAAUUUGCCAAAUGCCACCUCUAUGUCUUCUGUUCCCUAGGCCCCAAUCCCCACCCCUUCCCCUCUGCCUAGGCCCAUCUGACCAUCUGUCAAGGCCCAGCGCAAACCCUCCUUUUCUCUUAAGCCUUUCUAACUACCCUGACACCCCCAUUCCCUGUACCCAUCAGCAGUGAUUAUCCCCCUCUCUGAAAUCCUGCCUCAGUUAUAUGUGUUGCAACUUAUCGUUCACAGGGACCGUCUCUUAAGGUUUCAGGUUUGUCUGCCUUGUUCCCCUACUGAAUUGUGUGUCCCUCAGGAACAUGUUAUAUUUGUCUUAUAUCUGCCAGAGCACCGUUAUAUGUGACUUUUAGUAACUAUUAGCUGUAAUUGGUUAACUGA